GUCUACUCAACUCUAGUCUUGGUCUUGUUCGAUCUGUAGUCGGUGGUUCUGGUCAGUUCUGGUAUCAUUGAUCACUACCAAUCACUACUGAAAGUUGGAUAAUUCGUUGUCAUUUCACGUUUCAUUUGCAUUUACUUAUUCAUUUUAAAUAAUAAUUAAUAAAUAAAAAUGUUAAAUUAUACGAUUAGUCGACGCGAAGUGGAAUAUCAAAAUUUAAAGGGCUUUACAGAGAAAAUUCAUCAAGAAAUUGUAAACAUUGUUUCUACGUUGGAAUGGUCGAUAAAAAGUAUAAAAGCUAAUACUGGUAAUAGUCUGGUUUGUCCUUACGAUUCGUCUCAUCGUAUUAGCAGAAAGACGUUAGAUCGACAUCUAGAGUUGUGUCAAUGGAGAAAAGAGGGUUACAAUGAAUACAGCAUACCAUUGUCCGAAUCAAGUUUGUCCUCAAAUUCACCUUCUUCGAUAAAGUUAGAUUCGUCGUUGCAAAACACUAUUUUGCAGGAAGCAAGCAAGAAAGAUUCUACCAUGAAAAUUGGUCCGAGUGAGCGAUUAAUUCCACAAACAUCGGAUAGAAUCUUCACAGAUUUUACUUGUGACGAAAGGAAAGCUUUAUACGACUAUGUUGUUUCGCACACCAUGAAAAUAGAUAUCGGUCAUGAUAUUACAGAUACUCAUAAACCAAAAGGCCAGGAUAAGGAUGAAAAGAAGUUGUCUUUUUUGGAACUAUUAAUGCAAGAGCGUAACUUGAAGAGGCGCAGGGCGAAGCACAAAGGUGUUCAUACAAAUAAAAAAUCUCAUACAGAAAUUCUCAGGGAAGUCAUAAAUCAACAAAUGGAAGUGUACAUAGAUUAUAUGGCAGAAACGCAAGUAGUUGGUUGUGGCACCAAGUUCGAUACCGUUACCGAACUUGGAAAUUCCAAUAGAAAUAUGACUGGUAAUAUAACGCAUAAUUUACCUUUACAAUUAACUGAAAUUCCAUCAAAACGUCACAGUCUUUUGCUCGAAGAUUCACAACAGAAUUAUCGCGAAAGCUCCACUUUCCGUUACGAUGAGCAAAAAUAUGAACAUUUUGAAAAAUCCACUAGCUCAUAUGAUAGAAGUUUGGAUAAACGAGACAAAUAUUCACGAAUUUCAAGUGAAUCAUGGAAAAUGCAAAAGUCACGCAAAUAUAAAAGAUCCAGUUCGAGGGAACGCGAUCACGAUAGAAGAAAUAAACAUAGCUCCACGCGACAGGAUCAUAAAAGACACAGUGAAAAAUAUUACGAAAUCGAAAAAUCAUCUAAUAGCAACAAGUAUCCCAAGCGGAAGAAGGAUCAUCGAGAAAAUCGAGAGAGAUUAGAGUUAUAAAUGUUAAAAUUAUAUGAUUAUUGAUUCUAAAUAACAUUCUAUUGUAUAUAAACCAUAGUUUAUAUUUCACUUGUAUUCUUUCUCCGAUGCACCAAGAGGAUGUUGUUAAUGUUAUUGAAUAAAAAUAAAAAUUUCCAUAAAUGGAG